UCUCGUUCACCUUUUUCAGUACACUUGGCCCCCUCUCCCUCUCUCGAGAUCAAACCCUAGAUAGGACCCGCACAUUUGCUUCUCAGGAGAGGCGUUGGGGACCAAAUCGGACCUCCGAAACUUCGCUCUCACUCUCUCCUCUCUAAUUUCAGGUUAUAGCAAUACCAUGGAUCCUGCUGCUGCUGCGCAAGUACCUGCUCCUGUUGUUGACCCACUCUAUGUUGGGAGGGCUUUUGUCAUGCAGUACUACGAGAUUCUGCAUAACAAUCCUCAGCAUCUGCACCGCUUCUAUAAUGAGAUCAGUAAGGUUGGGCGUGUGGGACGGGACGGAGUCAUGCGUGACUUUUAUACCAUGGAAGGUAUACGGGAGGAGCUUGACACACUGUCUUUUGGAGACUUCGUAUCGGCUAAGAUAAUCAGUUAUCAUACCCAAGAAUCUCUCAACGGUGGUUUUAUCGUUUUGGUCACUGGCUUGUUCACUCUAAAAGAUGCGCUUAAAAGGAAAUUCACACAAACCUUUUUUCUUGCUCCCCAAGAAAAUGGGUACUUUGUUCUGAAUGACAUCCUCAGAUUUGACAAUGAACCAGAGCCCCUUGAUGGGGAUGACUCUGAAAACCCCUGUCCUAUUACUGCUCCUUCAGGAGGCAUUAAGGGUUCUGAGCAAGCUGCACGUGUUUCGGUGGAUUCUGUUUGUAAGGAAGUGUCUAAGCCCUUGAAUAACGACAAUGCUUCAGUUGCUAAGGAGAGUAUUCUGGUACCUGAAGAAGUUCCGCAUAUUGAAAAAACUUACAAAAAAGUUGCAGGUGAUUCCGAGACAAUUUCUGACCAAGAUAAUGGACAUGCAAAUGUUUCCAAGAAAUCCUAUGCCUCUGUGGUUGCAAAGGAUAAAUCUGGAGUUUUGGCUGGCUCUUCACUGCCUCCAAAGCAGAUACCCAAAGACCAGGAAAAUCAAGUGACUUCAGAUGUUUCUACAGAGCAGAAAGUCAAAGAUCAAGGCCAUCAAGUGUCUUCAGAUCUUUCUCCAGUGGAAAAAUCUGAUGCGGUUUUCGAGGCUGAGGACAAUACUGAAUAUGAGCACAAUCAGGGGUUUGAAGGAGUAGCUGAAGGUACAUCUAUCUAUGUGAGACAUCUUCCUGGAAAUGCUACCAUUGAGAUGCUCGAGGCUGAAUUCAAGAAAUUUGGAGCUAUUGGCAAUGGUGGCAUUCAAGUUGUAAACCAAAGGGGCUGUGGUUUCCCUUACGGUUUUGUCGAGUUUAAAGAUGCAGAUGCCACCCAGAAAGCAAUAGAGGCUUCACCUCUGACGAUCGGUGGACAAAAAGCUUUCGUAGAGGAGAAGCGAUCUACAGCAAGAGGUAACAGGGGAAGGGGAUAUGACAGAACUGUGGGAGGAAACGAUGGAAAUGAAUACGAAACAAGAAAUGUGGGAGGAAGUGGCGGAAACGAGUACGGAAACAGGUAUGAGGGAGGAAGGGGAGGAGGAGGACGUUAUGGACAUGGGAACAAUUACUAUAGAGGAAGAGGAGGAGGAAGGUCUUUUAAUCGCAGAGGCGGCUAUGAAUACGUCGCCAGCAACAAGUCAUACUAAACAGGAUUGGGCUUUUGUGGUGGGAGUAACCGGAUGAUCUAAUGAUAACCGAUUUUUGCAACGGAGACCACACGUCUCUCGUUGGCCUGAUAGUUGUGUCUCUCAGGUAUUAUAAUAUUAGUAAGAGGCAAAAAGGAAAAGAAAACAAAUGAUUUGUCAGGAAGUUUGUGUAAGAAAAGUUUAUAAUUCGACCAUCUAUUGGGGAUUAUGUGUUCGGUUCUGAAUAGACUUAUGAAUGAAUGUUCUAUUAGCAUUA